GUCAACGAUGUCAACAAAUCCAAGUGUCAUCUUAAUUUCCCGAUUCUUUCCAGGUAUCUUUUCAUACCAAUAUUUUUUCUAAUUUAUUGUUUUAUUGGUUACGAAAAUCUGUCAGUACAGGACUGUAUAUCAGAUCCGGUUUCAACUGAAACACAAACUUCUAGGAAAAUAUUCCAGCAUGCCGAACGUAUGCUGUGCUUGUGGAGCAACCAAACCUGUAGCUAGCGAUAACACGAUCCAUUUCUACCGUUUCCCAAAAAGUCCUGAACGAUCCUAUGCAUGGCUCAAGCAGUUGAAUUUAAUUGAUGUAAAGGUGAGCCUAAAUCAUUCACUGGUCUGUAGUCGACACUUCAGCGAUGAACAGUACGAACUCAAUUCAGCAGAUUCGGCGAAGAGAUCUGUUGGCCGACGUUUAAAAAGUGAUGCCUGCCCAGAUGUCCGUGUUAUUCAACUAGAAGAUGAGUUUUUAAGCAUUGAUAAAAGUUGCAUCAAAAAAGUUAUGGCGCCUCCCAUUGAAACGAAUACGCCUGCGACAGCAUCCCCGAAGAGGAAUGUAGAGUUUCGAUAUCUAGGUGAUAUCAAUGAAGAACGGUUAGAUUGUUCAAAAGAGGUUCAAGAUGCGUUCAGGGUACUCAAGAAAAGUAUUCAAGACACUAAGGCGAAAAUGAAUAGCUGUACUGCUCGUAAUGCUCGCUUAUUGAAGCAAAACCUACUUCUGAAGGAAACCAUUAAGCGAACUCAUGGCGAUGAUUGUGUUUCCGGGGAUAUUGUGGAGGAACUUUUCGAAAAGGAUUUAAAGGAGGAGCAAUUAAAACCCAUUGCAGACAGAUUUGAGUACAAACCGAAAGUGAGUGGCCCAACGAAAAAAUUAACACUAGAUUGGCUUGGAAAAAUUAGCUGUCGGCUGUGUUUGGGUACAAAAAGCGGCACCCAACAGAGGUCAGCAUUCGGUUCAUUUGCAGGAGAAAACUUUUUGUCCGAUGUAAUUUGGGUUUGUUUUGGAGUUGUCAUCAAAGAGGAUGAUUUCUGCACGGAGGUCUGUGAACAGUGUUUAGUUAAGGUAGACCUAACCUGGCGGAUGUUUAAAACCGUGCAAUCUAACUCGCAAGCUUUAGAUGUUUUCUUCCGUUCAUUAAAAAAUGAGACUAAGCCGGUGAUAGUUGAAGCAAAACCAGCGCCAAAGAAACCACCGAUUUCCAAGAUAGCAUCAAAAGUGACUACAAAAAAAUCGAGGCGCAAAUUGGCAUCAAAAUUGACUACGGCAGAGGGUGAAAACUCAGAUCAGGAUGGUGAUGACUCACUAGAUUCUAGCAGACGGAUGAGUAUAGAAUUCGAGACUAAGCCUGCUAUAGCGGAAACAAAAGCGAGUUCUAAGAUGGCAUCAAGGUCAACUACAGCAGAAUCGGAAGACUCAGACCAGGAUAUAGAUGACUCACUGGGUUCUUGUAGCCGUAUGAGCAUAGAAUCCGAACCGUUCGAUAGUUCUAACGGUGAUGACGACAGUUACAGUUUGCCGGAACAUCCAUUCUUUACUGACUUUUCCACCUCAGUAUACUUAUGUCACCUGUGCCCGCUCCAAUUCGAGAAAGCCCAACCAUUACAUUUCCAUCUGAGCGCCGCUCAUCCAGUCGAAGACGAAAACACGCUCUGCCACUACUGUUGCAAGUUUAUUCAUCAGAAUGCGCUGAGGAAACAUCUUAAGUCCCAUGAAGACCCCAAACCAGUUUGCGAGGUUUGUGCUCAGUGCUUUUCGAACGAAGCAAAUCUUCGUCGCCAUAUGUUGAUUCACACCAACGAGAAACCGUACGCUUGUAUGCAAUGCGAAGCCGCCUUCAACCAGUCGACGUUGUUAAAGUUGCACGUUCGAAAGGUUCAUCUGGGAAUUAAAUUAUCGUAUGCGAAAAAACCUGGCAAGACUCGUAAACCGAAGAAGUUGCCGAAGAAGGAUAAAUCUAAUAUCAUCGAGAUUAGUGAUUAAUUCACUUGACACUAAUGAUACACAAGGUUAAAUAAAAACAUUAACCUGAGAGAAACAGAAAUUAUUGUCGCGGAAUUUCGAAGAAAUGUUCUGCGUUCAUUUACGUGAUGCAUAAUGUCGAGCAUAUAUUUAG